UUUAAAUUGCCCGCAGCCGCUAUGAAAAAUCCGGAAGCAGCCAAAUGUAUUGACACUUCCUACAUCACAUACAUACGUCAUCGUGUAGUGACAGAAAACCAUGUGACAAAAACCAACGUGUUUGAUUGGCUGUUGAAACCUUAUGACGACUAUUCCACCCCGAAUUACGUUAGUGAGAGUUUGAUAUUUAACGAGGAGAGAACGUUCUCCAUUAAGAACCGGAACAGACUUUACCAACACAAUCCAAAGAAAACUGUGAUAUUCAUAUUUAAAAAUGAGAAAAAUGGAACGGAAAACUGUGAUUUACUUAUGUAUGUGUGUUGUGUUGAUAUUGAAAUAUUCAAAUGGACAACCGUUUCCAAAUCAGCAAUUCGGACAACAGAACAAUGGUCAGUUUGGCCCUGUCGCUGCUGGUCAGUUUGUAGGGAAUGGACAACCUUUCGCCGGUAACAACCAGGUGCCGCCAACAAAUAAUCAGGGAACUUUUACAAACAAUCAGACUCCUCCGGUAGGAACACAAACGGGAGGAACCUUCAACAACAACCAGCAAGGAACGUUUCCCACAAACCAACAAGGAACGUUUCCCACAAACCAACAAGGAACUUUCCCCACAAACCAACAAGGAACUUUCCCCACAAACCAACAAGGAACGUUUCCAAAUAAUCAACAACAGGGACAGUUUCCAAACAACCAACAACAGGGACAGUUUCCAAAUACAUUUCAAGGAAAUCAGUUCGGACAACCCGGGGGAAUUCCUAAUUUCGCCGGACCAAAUACACAGCCACCUUUCAAUUUCCAAAACAACGUCGUAGGUUUUCAGAACCCUAUUGGGGGCUUUAACACUGUUGGGAACCAGUUCGGAAACCCUUUUAUUCCCGGAAAUAACUUCGGCGCGGGAGGUCCUUUUGGGAUCGGACCUGGAAUACCAGGACCUAUUCAAGGACCAGAACAAGGCGGACCUGGUGGUCAGUUUUCUUUGGGAGGUCAGCUAUUUAUGAGUUUGUCCCAGAAUCCUAUGAACUACCGAUACGCCACCUGUCGGUUUAAUUCUUCAGAUACAAACAUUGCCGGCAGGGCUGACCUCAGACAAUUCGUGUUCGGAGAUUUCCCAGUCGACAUCCGUAUCCAGGUUUGGGGCCUUCCCAGAUCCCCGGUUGACACACAAAGGGGUAUCCACAUCCACGAGUUUGGUGAUGUUGGUGCAAAGUGUUCCCGUGUUGGGCCUCAUCUUAACCCUGCUCAGACCAGACACGGCGGCAGGAACACGUUUGCCUUUUUGAGACACGUCGGUGAUCUUGGGAACAUGCUCCAAUCCCCACAGGGUGUGACGUCAACCCAGUUCCGCGAUGGAGUUAUUUCCCUUCAGGGGCCAACCAGUGUUAUAGGACGUUCUUUAGUGAUUAAGUACGAGCGAGAUGACGAGGGUUUCGGUACCAAUGUGGACAGUCUACAGAACGGUAACGCCCGCACUCCCCUAGCCUGCUGUACUCUCGCACGUUCAGGACCGGCCAACUGGAACGACCCUUACACGGAGGUAGAACUCAUGUCACUCAACGGCGGAAGUGCUCCUCUCCAGGGCACGUUUGGUGCGCCUAGUAGUCCAACAGGUGCCAACACUUUCGGUAACCAAGGAAAUCAAGGUUCGACAUUCAACUUCAAUUCCCAGGGAAACUUCGGAACUCCCGCUCCUUCUCCAAACCCUCAGGGAGCUGGGGGCAGCUCGUUCGGAUUCCUUGGAAAUAAUGGCAAAAAGUAAAAAAAAACUGGAGCUUCAGAAGUUAGAAAUAACAAACGAUUUAGUGUUAAAAAACCUUAAUUGGUUAGCUCUGUUAAACGAUAUACGUAUGGACACAAAUCGACUUUGAUGAUUUUAUGCAUGUCUUAAAAAGAAGAUUUGACGAUCCCCACAGUUUAUAAAAAAAAACUGGGACAAUACGAAAGGCGAAGUGGUUAAUUCUAAUCUCAACAGACCACCGAUUACUCUAAACCGAACCCUCAAAAUGGUGUAAAUAAACCAUUAAUAUACUGUAGCAGACACGUCAGAUCUUGUAAAUUGUUUGUGUUCGACUUGACUUACGUCACAAUCUCACUUCUACCUCAAUUAAUUAUGGUUAUGCUUUAUGAAUACACUUUAUAUCUUUGGUAUAAACAUGUCAAAACCUAGUUAGCUUAAUGGUGCAUUGAUUACAGAGUGCUGUUUGUAACUAACAUUGAACAGUCUUCAAGCUAUAAAUUCUUUGAGUAUGUUGCUGUACUUGCUGAAAUUAUUCAGUAGACUAUAUUUUAUCAACAACCGUAAUAGAUGUGAAACGGUUGGGACAGGAUGAUCCCAAAAAACCAGGCAUUUAUUAAUUUAUUGUGUUUUGAAGUAAUUUAUAUGAAGCCAUUCCACAGCUUCACCAUUGAUGCCUGGUUUAAACGAGGCAUAUAUAUUCCUGCAACGUAGACACCAAAAUAAGAGUAGAAUGAGACUACCGGAAAUGAAAGUUGUUUAGGCUUAUAUGAACGCCGUUCACAGAAUACAACAUCUUUACCAUAUGAGAUCUCUCCUCGGUAACUUGAUACAGAGUGGCGUGUUACAACUGACAAUCAAUACGCGUUAAACUCCACGACUUUCUGUUGUCCGAAAGGACCACCAGUUUAUCUUCAUUAACUUGUUUUAUAAACUGUUACUAAUUAUAUUAUUUUUAUAUAAGAUUAUGUUCAGAAUACGUUCACGUCAAUCGUUAAUAUCAAUAUAUUGCUUUAUAUAAUAUGCGGGUGCAUAUAAUGUUUGUUUUUAUCAUUAAUAUGAUUAUGUAUAUCAUGGUAACCAUUGUCCCUCCGUGUUUAACACAAUUCAUCCUUUUCACUUUUGUAAUAAUUGGUAUCUAUAGCGUUGUUUCUACGUCAGGCUAUAUCUAUAUAGCAUUAGGUAUAUAUACUAGUAAGUGUUUGAUUUUGUUGUGUCCAUAUUUGUAUAAUAACAUUAAUUAUCACAGACUUGCAUUUAAUUGGUGCUAUGACAUUCUGCAGUGUCAUGAUUCAUAAUAGUCAUUUUGAUAAGUUCUGUCAUUUUGCAUUAUGUUUAUCGAUAAUAAAGGAAGAAAAUUACAAA